GUUCAAUGCCGAUAGAGGGAACAUUUUGAUAAUAAAAAAAUAAAUAAGAAAAUGAAUACAUAAAUAAUAAUGCCUAGAUCCAGCUGAAAGAUGCUGUAUAAGCAUCAGAAAUCCAGAAUAGACUGUUACACUACCAUGGAGGAAGAUAAACCCGCGCAAGUUGUUCCAUCAGUGGUACCCACCGUUGUGAGCGGAUUAUUUGUUAAUUCGGAGUCAGAUGAAAACACUGACUAUUCAACGUCAGAUAAUGUUGGACAAUGCAGCACAAUAAAUACAAGUGACAUUAGAUCUGAUGCAAGUUCUGUGAACAGUGUCGGGAAAUACUCACAUUUAAACUCAAAUGGUGCAUGCGGAUAUACAAAUACAAGUCAUACCUCUGACGUCAUUGUGUCAGAUUCCGGCAGUGAUGACGUCGAUGACGUCACACGACGUGAGCUUUUAGAAAACGGGUUGACGCCAUUUAUAAAAGAGGAAUUGAAAUAUUCCAUUCAGACAAAACGGUUAAAAGAGGGAAAGCAGGAAUUGAAAGUGGAAUUUAGCCCUCCACCGGAAGAUGUGCUUACACCGGAAGAGGAAGAGCGUGUGGAAAAACGGCGCGUGCAGAACAGAAUGGCCGCGCGCCGCUUCCGGGACAAACAGAAAGACAGAGCCCACACUUUGCAGAAGGAGUGUCAUCGACUACAAAGCAUUCAGACGGAGUUGAGGUACGAACUGGCGCAGGUACGAAAGGAAAGGGACGAAUUCCGCCAGGCGCUUGAACAACACAUGGCCGCUUGCCCGCUACAGUUUCCCGCGCGUUUCCAUGCGUCAACUUCGAACUCUUGACAACAUGUGAACACUGUCAACUAUUUUUAGAAACAGACGUGAUGUCAACAUUUUACCUCACAGGAGCUGAUAUUAGACAGGAACACGUCUUUAUGACUUUCCCUGAAAUUGCAUUCAGGCAUAUCUAAACAAAUUCGGUUUCCGGCGUUUUUAUUGCUAGUCCAAUAUUUUUGUGAUCGUUAUUUUAUCACAUUUUGUAAUACACAUAAAUUAUCUGAGGACUGACGCGUUUACAUGUAGACCCGUGACAAUUUAGCGACGGGUGUUAGUGUAAAAAGGAUCACCAGACAGAUCUUUAUCAAUAAAAUAAUAAAAAAAAUAUUGAUUCCCGAUAUACCGAACCUUUAUUUCUUGGCAACAUUGGAAACCAAACAAGAUUUUUUGGCCUCAUCAAAAGAUUACAAGACUUCUAAAAACGUGACAUUUCGAGAGGAAUUUCGUCAUAAAAAGUAGGGUCAUAAACUGGAACGUAUAGUCAUUGUUUACUCAUCACGACAUGCCUAGCUUUUAAAUGAUCAUAUGAACAACUCAGGUUGUCAUCGACAUUUGAAGACAAUUGUUUGGCAUUUAAGUCAAAUGACAAACUGUUAUCAAAGAAGUAAACUUGUUUUCGACCUUUGAGAUCUAUAUUCUCCAUAUCGUUUGUCAGUAUUAAAAAUUAAAUAAAAUUGACACUGUUACAACUUUGUAAACACUCAAAUAUACA